AGAAUAAACCAAGGGUGGCCAGGUCCGGUCCUGGAGAUCUACUAUCCUGCGACUUUUAGAUGCAUCCCUUCUUCAACACACCUGAAUCAAAUCAACGUCACCAGACCUCUGCAGAGCUGGAUGACAUGUGGAUAAGGAAAUUCUGCCAUUUGAUUCAGCUGUCAGGGGGCGCUCAAGCUCCACAGGAGAAUCUGGUCUGCCGGGUUUAUUCUGCAGAAGAAGAAAAGAGGGAAGCGUCAGCUAAUAUCUUGUUUUCAGAGAUGGCUACUGGAGUGGAUCAAGUGGCUGGGAUGAGUCUGGUUGUUUCCAGCCUCCUGCUGUUUACAUACUACUCUGUUUGGGUCAUCAUACUGCCUUUCGUGGACAGAAAUCACAUGCUGCAGAAGUAUUUCCUUCCCCGGGAGUAUUCGGUCAUCCUGCCCGGCAUUGCCGCCGUCAUUCUGCUGCUUUGUAUCGGGGCCUUCACCGCCGUCGUCGUAUGGAAGAAUCGCAAGCCGAGGAAGGUGGACUGAUCUCUGUGGAUUUCUCUGGUCUGUCGGCUGCCCAAACAGAAAAAUCCCCAAACCCCCCGACAUGUUUAUAAAUGUGGAUUUAAAAGAUCCGCUUCAGGGAGCUGCUCUUGUCAUUUUCAUGCGAACGCUGAAAGUUUCCACGUUUCAGAGGAGCUGAUCCAGAAGAUGCAGAAAAAUAUAAAAAUGGAUUAUGUGUUGAAUUUGAAAACGGCUGCUUAGACAUGUUCAGCUGUCGGACAGCAGUGGCUCCAGUCAGGGACCCUUUAACGAACGGUUGAGAUGGAGCCGGUCAUGUUUCUGACUCCCACUCUGCAGGGUUCACCAACUCUCCUUCUGGCUCCGUUAAGCUCUUCAUCAGCACAUUUUCCGACAGCUUUGACCUUUCUCUGCUGAGGGAGGAGAAAACUCUCAGACCGGAGUUAAAGCUGGAGGUUUUCAGCUCAAAAACAACGUGAUCUGAAGAAAAAUGUUGAAUCAGGACCGCUGAGGUUGAUGAGUCAUUCGUCUGUAAAUACUGAUGUGAUGAAAAAUGUGAAGGUUGUAAAUAGUUUUAGGUGAAAACGACAUUUUCUGGAAAGAGCUGGUGGUCCCGUAUGUUUAAUAAAACAUAGAAGUCGUGUUUUUGAUGUGCUGGUGAGACAGAA